AUGGCGCCAGCCAACUCCAAGGCAAAUUAUAAAACGUACGAGUCGCAGGCACGCAUGGUUCGCGCCAUCGUCGCUGCCCACCCGGACGUCAAGUGGAACUACAAAGAAAUCGCCGCUUGCUACGGUUCUGACAUGACGGAGCACGCGCUCAAUCAUCGUUUUCGCCGCCUCCGCGCCCAAGCCGCCAUUGUUCGCGAGGGACGCCAGCUCGGCUUCGAUUCGAAGAACCUCCCGGCGUCCGAGGAGCUUCCUAUCAAGCUCGAGGACGUCGACCGGAACAAUAUCGCAAAGUACUUUGGCCAGUCCACCGCCGACGGCAUCCAGUUCCAGUUCCGCGCAAUCAAGAGGGACGCCGACCAGCUGCGCCAGGUCGAGGCUUCGGGCGGCGACGUGCUCAACUGCCUCAACGGAAGCGUUGGCUCCGCCGCCACGACGCCGUCCAAGCUCCAGACCCCUUCGCGCCGCGGAGCCAGUUCCGGCACUGGCACCAGCCGCAAGAAGCGUACCCUCGGCCGUGUCUAUCUCAAGAAGGAGGAUUCUGACGACGACCUCGACAACUCCGACUUCGGCCACGACAGCGGGCGUGAUGAGCACACGCCCUCCAAGCGCUCCAAGACCAUGGCCGCCUCGGCCAAGAAGGCUACGCCCCGUCGUGCGGCCCAGAUGGCGAGCGAUACUAUCGCUGCCGACGCCGCCGCCCAGCGCCAGGGAAGUGAGUCGCCGGCUCCCCUUCAGGAACCGACGGCCGCCAAGUCGCUCUUCGGCCCCUUUGACGCCCAGUCCGCCGCCCAGUCCGCCGCCCAGUCCGGUCCUGCGGCUCUCCCGACCGGCUUCGCCGCCAACGGCAGCGACACCUACAUGACCUCCUUCCGCGAGAGCCUCUACCACGAUGACUCGGGAACCGUGGACGACGAAUACGGCGAUGGCGAGAUCUAG